AUGACCACUGGAACGUGGAACGGUAAGGAAAGCAGCUCUGAUUCUGCGUCUGAUGAGAAUUUGAGUUUGAAAAGACGCGCAGAGAAUAAAGCAUCGCGUGCUGUACUGAUGGAUUCGAGCGAGGAGGAUAUCCCCCUGUCACAGAAAACAACGCGGAAGAAACACAAGAAACACAAGAAACGUAAGUUAAAAAAGGAGGAGAAAGAGGAGGAGACCAAACCUAGUUACGACAGCGAUGAGAAUCUGUCUGCAUUGCCCAGGAAGAAAGUCAAGACGGUUAAACGCGAGGAAUCUUCCUCGGGAUCCCCCGACGAGUCCGCUGUCAAGAGGGAGAAAGACGAGGAGGCGGAGGCGGAGGCUGCAGCUGAGUACAAGUGGUGGGAGGAACAAAACAACGACGAUUCAAUCAAGUGGACCACUUUAAAGCACAACGGUGUCAUGUUCCCGCCGGAUUACCAGCCGUUGCCCUCGCACGUGAAACUGUACUACGAUAGGAAACCCGUGGAUUUGCCCCUGCCAGCGGAGGAAGUGGCCGGGUUUUACGCGGCACUGUUGGGCACUCAGCACGCUGAAAACACGAUUUUCCAAAAGAACUUCUUCCAGGAUUUCUUGCAGAUCCUGAGGGAGAACGGUGGUGCCCUAAAUGGGAUUAACAUUGUGCUGUUUGAUAAAUGUGACUUCAGCAAGAUCCAUGGGUACUUGGAACAGAAAAAGGAGGAGAAAAGGCAACUUAGUGCACAGGAGAGGAAACAACUGCGACAAGCGAAGGCCGAGGAGGAGGAACCGUACAAGUUCUGCGAGCUGGAUGGCCGCCGUGAACAAGUCGGUAACUUCCGCGUGGAACCACCGGACUUGUUCAGAGGCCGUGGUGCGCACCCUAAGACAGGUAAAUUGAAGAGAAGGGUGUACCCUGAAGACAUAAUGCUGAAUCUGAGUAAAGAUGCCCCCAUACCACCGGCCCCAGAGGGUCACCAUUGGGGGGAGAUCCGACACGACAACGCCGUUCAAUGGCUGGCGAUGUGGAGGGAGAAUAUCUUUGGAUCCUUCAAGUACGUGCGUCUGGCGGCAAAUUCGUCUCUAAAAGGUCAGAGUGAUUUUAAGAAGUUUGAGAAGGCGCGGGAGUUGAAAAAAUACAUCGACAGUAUCCGGCGUGACUACAGGAAGAACUUGAAGAGUAAAGUGAUGUUGGAAAGACAAAAAGCUGUCGCGUUGUACUUGAUUGACGUGUUUGCGCUGAGAGCCGGUGGUGAGAAAUCUGAGGAUGAGGCGGACACCGUCGGGUGUUGUUCUCUGAGGUACGAGCAUGUAACUUUGAGACCACCAAAGACUGUUAUCUUUGAUUUUUUGGGCAAAGAUUCGAUCCGGUUCUACCAGGAGGUUGAAGUCGACAAGCAGGUAUUCAAAAACUUGACAAUAUUCAAGCGUCCACCGAAACAGCCUGGUCAUCAACUGUUUGAUAGGUUGGACCCGUCGCUAUUAAACAAGCAUCUUCAAAACUACAUGCCUGGCUUGACCGCGAAAGUGUUCCGUACUUACAACGCAUCCAAGACGAUGCAGGAUCAACUCGACCUGAUACCAAACGAGGGUACCGUUGCAGAGAAGUUGCUACGGUACAACGCGGCGAACCGUGCUGUGGCGAUCCUGUGUAACCAUCAACGGACCGUCACGAAAUCGCACGCACAGUCGGUGGAGAAGGCCGUGCAAAGAAUAGAGGAGCUCACUUGGCAGAAGAUCCGUUUGAAGCGGACCAUUUUGCAACUCGAACCCUCGGAGCGCAAAUCUGAUCCGACAUUCUUCGCAGAGAUCGACACUUUGACGAGAGAACAAGAGGAGGCCAUCCACAAACGUGUCUUGGGACGAGAAAGGGCCAAAUACGAGAAGAAAUUUGCCCGGGAAAACGAGAAACGACAAUUCGACGGCGGAGAACCUCUACCACCUUCGACCCUGACCGAGUGGCUUGAGAAAGUUGACCAGAUGGGGCAAGAGUUUGCCACUGAAUUGGAGACUGGGCUAGUCGCCACGAAACCAUCGCUGAACACCGUUGAAAAGCUGCAAAAGCAAGUACAGAAGCUCGAGGAGCGCAUCAAGACGGCCACCGUGCAGCUACGCGACAAAGAGGAGAACUCGGAGGUCUCCCUGGGCACAUCCAAGAUUAACUACAUAGACCCACGUCUGUCCGUUGUCUUCUGCAAGAAGUACGGCGUGCCCAUCGAGAAAGUGUUCACGAAGUCUCUCCGCGAAAAGUUCAAGUGGGCCACCGAGUCUGUAGACGCGGAAUGGAGGUUCUAA